AUGUCGUCCUCAGAAGAGCCCCCGAAAGCCGUUGUCGAGAAGGUGGACGAGUCCUUCAAGGAGAGCAGUCGCAAGUUCGAUUCAAAGGACAGGAGCGAAUAUUAUGACCCUUGUCAGGAAUUUGCCCAGAGGAGCAUCAAGUGUCUGCACCGCAACGGAGGAGAUAGAACCAUGUGCAGCGACUAUUUCCAAGCCUAUAGGGAUUGCAAGAAAGCAUGGUUCGAGAAAAAGAGGGAGGAACGUAAGAAGAAUGGCGCCUGGUGGUGA